AUGGCGAGCAGCAAUCAGCAUGUUUUGGUCUUUGGAGCAACGGGAAGAAUCGGCCAGCUGGUCGUCAACAAGUGCCUUGAAGCAGGACACCAGGUCACCGGCGUGACCCGCAACCCUGAAGCUGCUAUGAAGAAGCAACCGAAGAUCAAGUGGAUCAAGGCAGAUGCUUUGGACCCCAAGACCUAUGAGGACGCGCUGGUCGGGCAGGACGUGGUGUUUGGAUGUACAGGAUCCGACGGGAUCAAAGAGAAGACGGUCAUAUUCUCACAGGGGUACGCGCGCAUUAUAGAGGCGAUGGAGAGAAAAGGGGUCAAGAGGCUGAUCGCAAUCACCUCUUGCCACGACCACCCCAACGCCGGUUGGUUUUUCCGAAGGUUUGUGAAGCCAUGCAUCCUCAACAACAUCUAUGCAGACAUCGAGGUGUUUGAGACGUGGCUUCGAAAAGAAUACAGGGGCACUGUGGACUUCACGAUCCUCCGCCCGUUCGAGUUCAAGAAAGGGAAGGGCGGCAAAUACGUCAUGGCGGAGUCCUACACCGCAGAGUCGACAGGCUGGAAUUACAAGUCCAUAGACGUGGAUGUUGCAGAUGCCAUGUACGAGGUUUUCAAAAAGAACUUGUACCUGAAGAAGUAUGUGGACGUCGGCAACAAGAAGGGCUAA